AUGUACGUAGUUCAUUCCUUUCUGUGUUUUAUGGAAAAAUUUAGAUUGUAAAAUGGUUUCGAAAUCAUGGAACGAAAUUAGUUGUAAGAGCUUGUGCCUAACUUCAAAGCGUGCCAAAACCGUUCUCAGAAAUUUUUUACCUUCGCAAAGGAUGAAGAGAUGCAUUUGCACAAAAUUUUAUGUUGGUGCGUGGAGUGCGUACACCAAUACCUUAAUAAUCUUCAUUCUGGACCACAUUGCAAGGAGAUGCGAAGUCGUUGAAAAAACAGAAGGUCCAGUGACGACCACUCAAGUGACCACUACUAGAGUGACCAGUCAGCAAAUAUCGAAGAAACCGAUGUCUCCGUUUGCCAAAUUUAGACAACUUGACAAGCAGAACAGCCUUAACACCUCUCCGGGAACCCCUAGAACUCCUAAAGGCUCCGCACCACUCUUUAAGUUCACUGAUCCCGAACUAAAUCGUCAGGCGAUGACCGUAAAGGAACGACUGUUGCAAUGGUGUCAGAUGAAGACUAAGGAAUAUGAGAACGUACAACUAGAUAACUUUUCAAGCAGCUGGGCGGACGGACUGGCAUUUUGUGCUCUGAUUCAUCACUUUUUACCUGACGCAUUUGACUACCACGCACUCACACCAAAAGAGCGUCGACAUAAUUUCACCUUGGCUUUCCGUGUUGCUGACGAAAAGGCCGAUAUUGUACCCCUCCUGGAUGUUGAUGACAUGGUCGCAACACGUAAGCCUGAUUGGAAAUGUGUGUUUACGUAUGUACAGACAAUUUAUGCACGUUUCAAGAAUGAAGACUGACCGCUUGCUAGUCAAAAAUUUUUUUAUUGACCUAAAUUAUGUGUACCUCUGAUGGUUAGUCUAGUAAUUUUUUGGAAUCUACACUGUGAUUGUCGAGUUUCUUUUACUACGCGAUUUUGUUGUAUUAUUUUAAAUAUUCCUCAAGAGGAGUUAACGUCUCAAAGAAAGUGAGAUAUCAGAGCAAUAUUUAUUCUCACAUCUGUUCAGCUGCUGUUUCCUAUUGUUUAUAAUUACUUAUAUUUUUUUAUGUUUUUACACUAAUAUUUUUAUGAUCAAAAAGUUGCUUAUUUAUUAACUACAAGUUGUUAGUUGUUAAGGUUUUAUAUGGGUUGUUGCUUCGCGAAUACUGUUACUUAAUCGCGUUUCGCAAAUAAUUAUUGUUAUAUAAUAUAUAUAAUGUGAAUUGUGCAAUUCAUUUUGUUUAUAAUAUUUUCUAUUGUAAAACACUUAUUACUGAUUACAUCGAUCUUAUUUCAAUUA